AUGAGUGGGUCAAGUUCUGAGCAUAACAAUGUUGAAAGCAUUAUCAUAAGAGCCAAAAAGUCAACGCCAUUUAUUAUUUGUAAUAUUUUUCUUGAGAGAUACUGCACGUCGGGAGUGUUAGCUAUCAUGCCUUUAUUUUUAUACAACAAAAUGCAGCUUGAUAAAAAUUUAUCAACGUCAAUAUUUCAUUUGUAUGAAGGCAUGACGCUUUUGUUUACAGUUUUUGGCGCUAUUUUGGCUGAUGUAUGGCUUGGCUUAUACAAAUCAAUCAUCAUUAUGUCAUGCUUUUAUAUGUUUGGACUUGCAAUUAUUUCAAUUGCUAUGAUAGAUUUUUUAAAUCUACCGCUUGAAGCCUUCGUAAUAAUUGGACUGAUAAUAAUGGCCAUUGGAUGUGGAUGCAUAAAAGGCAAUACAAAUGUGUUUGGUGGUAAUCAGCAUAAAUUGCCGGAAGAGGAGAGGCAAUUGCAAACUUUCUUCUCAUCGCAAUAUUUCGCAUUAAAAUGUGGAAGUCUUCUGGCUCGUUUUACGAUGCCAAUAUUGCGAGAGGAUGUCAAAUGUCUAGGAAAAAAUGAUUGCUACACGUUAACAUUUGGUGUUCCAGCUAUAAUGUUGUUCUGUGCAUUAUUGGUACUGUUGAUGGGAAGUCGAUAUUAUUUGCAUGUGCCAUCGAAUGGAAAUGUUUUCUUGAAAGUAUUAAAGUGUAUAAAGUAUGCACUAAUCGAGAGGCGAAGGCAAAAGAAAGCUGGAAACAAAAUAAAUCAACACUGGCUCAAGUAUGCAAGUGAAAAGUACGGCCAUAAGUUGGUCCUCGAAACAAAAAUUGUACUUAAAGUUCUCAUCAUGUAUUUACCAGUUCCAAUGUUCUGGGCUCUUCACAUGCAACAAAGCUCAAGAUGGAUAUUCCAAGCGACAAAGAUGAAUGGAGACAUUGGAUUUUAUAAAAUUAAACCAGAUCAAAUGAUUGUCUUCAAUUCCGUAUUGGUCAUCCUUCUCAUUCCGCUUUUUGACAGAUUUGUUUAUCCUUUUAUGGAGAAAAUUGGCAUUAAAUCAAUGCUACAUAGAAUGAUGGUCGGAUAUACAUGCACAAUUUUUGCAUUCAUCAUCUCAGCCUUCUUGGAAGUUCAAGUUGAAAAGAAUUACAUCUCAAUGCUCUGGCAAAUCCCACAAUUUUCCGUAAUUGCAACGGCUGAAAUUUUCUCAUAUCUCGCACAUUUGAAUUUCGCUUAUAAAGAAGCCCCAGCCAGCAUGAAGCCAGUUAUGGUCGCAUUUAUGUACUUAAGUAUUGCUGCAGGCGAUUUUAUUGUUGCCAUCAUAAGCGGAAUUUCAAUAUUUAAAUCUCAGGCUUAUGAAUAUUUAUUUUUUGCAUCUUUAAUGGCUAUUGAUGUUACCAUAUUGGGUCUAUUAACACGUAAGUACAAAUAUACCGAUCAUGAAAUGAUUAAGACGUUAGAGGAAGUGGACAGCAAAAAUAUUAUAUUAAAAAACAAAGCUUCUCCUUAGAUAAUUAUUAAGCUUAUUUAUCUAUAUAUUAAGUUUUAAUUUACCUAGACAUCACGCAAAGUUGAUGUACUUAGCAUGAAAUUUGUAAGUGAUGAUGUUAUCUUAUAAGGUUGAACGCUUUGACUGUUUAUUUGCUUAAAUGAAGAGAGAUUACAAAUUUAGCAUGAAAAUUGAGAAAAACUGUCAGACUAUGUGAAUAUUUUUUUAAAGAUGCAAAAAACCCAUACGGAAAUUGAGUUUUAAAUUUGUUAAUGAAAGCACGUCAUUAAGGGUUUGCGAACCUAAUUAUUUUCUAUUUGUUAAUUAAUUAAAACUUUCAAUUUUCAUAAAGUGCUUUUAAAAUGUGACAAGAUAAUUAACAGAUUUUAAUUACUUGAAAUGCUUGAAAUCGUCUAUGAAAUUUUCUGUUAAAAAUUGACCUCUCUCUGGUCCCCCCCCCCCCUUCCCCCCGUAUUUUAAACUGCUUCCAGCCAUUUUUUGUAUCGAUUACUAAUUCUGUUAUUAACAGUCCUUGAAUGUGAACAGAAUCAAUAAGAUCUUGUGUUUUUUAUGCAGAUCCUUAGAUGUACCUCUACAUUUUCAUACAGCCGUGAUAGUUUCGCUACAAAAUAUUUUAACAGGAUUCUUUUAUUUCUCAACUUUAAUUAUUAACUUGGCUAUUCGAGGGCGUCUUUUAUUAGGGUUUAAAUUUGAUUACUGUUUUGUAAAUAACUGUAACUGGCAGAAAACUUUAAUGUUUUUGAGUCAGUUCUCCCUCAUGACUUCACAUGCCUUCACAAGCCCAUUCAAACGUGGACCCCCUUAAUUUCACAAAAACUUUAUAAAUGGCGUCACAAAACUUCACAUGGCUUCCCCAAACAUGUCCCCAAAUCAUUGGCUUCACAUGACUUCCGCUCUAGAGUCAGGGAGGUAAUUGGGUGUUUACAAUACUUAUAAUCUUCAUCACAUCUAUCUUCAGAUUUAAAUUAACGAAAAUUCCACCAAAAAAAUCUAAUAAACAAUGUUAAGUACUUACUCAAGUGCUGUUCUCGAAAAACCCAAACAACUCUUCGCUUUUGCAGCUAAACUACUAGUUUAAGACAACUAGCGAUUAUCCAAAAACCACUUAAAUGAUCGUAUGUAAAUUCUCUGCAGAUCAAAAAAAAAGUUCGAAAAUUUUAUUAAUGAAUAAUUCAUACGACUCUUAGUCAGAAUUCUUAUUGAUUUUGUUCUUAUUCAACGUCAGCUCUACGGUCUGGCAAGAUCGUUCAACUAAAAAAAAAUGCCAUUCGUAUUCACCUUUCUGGUUCUUAAAUAACAAAAUCAUGUGACUAUGACACAGUCGAGAGACCC